AUGUUUUACCAGGAUGAGUACCAGUGCAAACAGCCUUGCCUUCCUCCUACUGUCUUCUUGCUCAGGAGUUUUCCCCAGCAAAAAUGUGUGGAUUCCUGUGGUGCUGUCUGUAAUGUCCAGCGCUUAACUCAAUGUGUGGAUCCCUGUUGCUAUGGUGGAGUUACUCAGGCCACUACCAAGUAUGUGGACCUGUGUGGUAACAUUGGCCUGACCCAGUCUGCCAGACGCGUGGACUCGUACAGCUGUGUGGGCUCUCGGUACACGACCACCUGCGUGGAUCCAUGUUGUGGUGGAGUGACCAAGUGCACCCCCACAUGUGUGGAUCCAUGCUGUGGAUCUGUGACCAAAUGCACCACUAAAUGUGUUGAACCGUGCUGCAGCAAGGUGAACAAGUGUGCCACCACCUGUGUGGACCCAUGCUGUGAAGAAGUGACCAAAUGUACCACUAAGUGUGUGGAUCCAUGCCGUAGCAAAGUGACAAAGUACACCACCAGAUGUGUGGACCCAUGCUGUGAGGAGGUGACCAAAUGCAUCACUAAGUGUGUAGAUCCAUGCUGUGAGGAAGCCACCAAAUGUACCACCACAUGUGUGGAUCCAUGCUGUGGAGCUGCGAGCAAAUGUAUCACCAAGUGCAGGGAUCCGUGCUGCAGAGAAGUGAACAAAUGUACCAGCAGGUGUGUUGAUCCAUGCUGUAGAGAAGUGACUGAGUGCGUCACCAAGUGUGUAGAUCCAUGCUGUGACAAAGCCACCAAGUGUGUAACCGAGUGUGUAGAUGAAUGCUGUGGCAAAGUGACCAAGUGUGCCACCACGUGCGUGGACCUGUGCUGUGAGCAAGUCACCAAGUGCACCACCACAUGCGUGGAUCCAUGCUGUAGAGAAGUGACCAAGUGCACCACCAGCCGUGUGGAUCCGUGCUGUGGAGAAGUGACCAAGCGCAUAACCAAGUGUGUGGACCCAUGCUGUAGCAAAGUGACCAAGUGUGCCACCACGUGCGUGGAUCCGUGCUGUGAGCAAGUCACCAAGUGCACCACCACGUGCGUGGAUCCAUGCUGUGGAGCUGUGACCAAAUGCACCACCAAGUGUGUGGAUCCAUGCUGUGACAAAGCCACCAAGAACGUGACCACAUGUGUGAAUCCUUGCUGUAGCAAAGCCACCAAGUGCGUAACCAAGUGUGUGGACCCAUGCUGUAGCGAAGUGACCAAACGUGCCACCACAUGUGCCGACCCGUGCUGCGGGGAGGUGACUGAAUGCUCCACCAAGCGUGCCGACCCGUGCUGCGGGGGCGUUCAGACUGCUACCAAGUGCGUGGAUUCCUGCAGCACAGCCAGCGUCUCGCAGGCCACCUCGCAGUGCGUGGAUGCGUGCACCCCUGCCUGUGCCCGUGUCUACGCCAUCAGCUGCGCAGAUGUCUGCUGUCGUAAAUGCGUGGCUCCUUGA